ACAUUUCUAAUACUUUCCAAAGUUCCUUUAGCCAUUCAGCAAGAAAAGGUGAUUCACAUCCACACAGAUUUGAAGGUGAGGAAUUACGUUGGUGCGAUGGGAGUCGACUUCUGGGACAAAAAUGAAUGGGAAAAAGAGUUCAGUGAAAACAGUGUUUUGGUCAUGACUGCGCAGAUUUUUCUCAACCUUCUACUCCACGGUUACAUCAAACUUUCACAAGUGAAUCUUCUGAUCUUUGAUGAAUGCCAUCAUGCCAAGAAGAGUCAUCCAUACAAGCAGAUCAUGGAGUUCUUUGGAGACUGCGAAAAAACCGACUGUCCAAAGAUCAUGGGUCUAACAGCAUCAGUAAUAAAUAAAAAUUUAAAGCAAUCGAACAUUGAAUCAGAAAUAAGAAAGCUGGAAUUCACACUGAGGUCAACGUGUGAGACAAGCCAAGAUGAAGAAGUUGGGAGGUUUGCUGCAAAACCAAAGGAGAUGGUCAUAAAAUUUUCAAAUGCCUCCUCCAUUGAAGACAGCACAAACGUAUUGCUUCAGAUACUUCAAGAUAUUUUAAAUCCAGGCAGGGAGUUUCUUGGUGACUUUCUAAUUAAUAAGGAGGAUCACGACAGUUCAUUACAGAAAGCUCUCAAGUUUGCAAAGCGUGCACUGCGAGAAUGCCAAGAGACUCUGAAAGAAUUAGGUCCCUGGGCUGCCAACAAAGUUGCAGGAUGCUUAAUCAAGGAUCUAGCAGGUAUGGUCUUCAGUGUGUAACUAGGCUUGAUCUGUUCUGAAUAAAUAAGGAAAAUUUAAAAACACAAUUGGGACCUUAAAAAGUGCCAAGGUUGACUUCCCUAACAAAUGCAAGUAGUCACAUUACUACUAUCAGACACAGCUCAACCCAUCUUGAAGCCUCAUCUCAAAACAAAUGCCGCACUCUCACAAAAUAGUGCUCAUUUGGGUGAUGCAGGUUCAAAAGUUUUCUUUUGCUUUAAGUUAGGUAAAAAGGUUUACUGCCAUCUGUUAAAAUAAUAUUCAUGUUGUCACACUAGUCUUAACGAGAUGGUUGAAUGGUCAUUGCAAACUUAGAUACCUAACUUUUUCAGGGAAAAAGAGAUCUCUAAAAUCAUACGCAACAAUUGUAUUUUUUGCCAGACAAUCCAAUGAACAUUUUGUUCCACUAACCAGCUGUACCCUCUUGAAAUAAAGCGUGGUUAGUUCCCAGGGAAAAGAAAAGAGUGGGAAAACCAAAAUAAAAGGAGCAUAUCAUCUCAAAAUUUUGCCUUUUAGCUGCACUUAUCCGAACUUUGAAAGCUAUAAUUUAGCUUCAGAAACAAAAGCGAGCAUUAAGUGCUCGACUUGUGAAUAAUAAUUGGGUGGUUUUACUUCAGUAAGGCCAGAAAAUGACCAGAACACGUCUUGACCAGCUUAUUUCGAACAGAAUUCUUAAUUUGGCAAAAUGUCAGGGACAGAUUUACAUUGACAGUAAGAUUGGACCCUGCGCUCUGUUGUAUUAGCCGUACAACGCCAACGUGGUUAGAGUAUUCAAAAACUAAAUCAACCCAUAAAUGUGACACUUGAUUCAUUUCCAUGGAAAUGAUGUCAGUUUAUCUGUUUUAUGUUUGCCACUGCUCACAUGCAUGAAUCACUUUAGCAUGCCUAAUUUUUGUCGCAAAUAUUUUUCCCGAAGCUAGGAAAGGUAAGUCCUAACCUACUUACGACUCUUUAGUAAUUAACCGCACUGAAUCAUAACAACAAACAAAAAUAAGGGUAAAAUUAGUCAAACGUCAAAAUAUACUGUCUGACUCCAAAACUUUCAUAGACAGAGCGCAGAUAUUUGAUGCCAGCAAGGAAGGACGAAUGUUUUGUGAGUUUAGUGCAACUCAGCUGCGACUACUACAAAGUGUUUAUCACAAUUACACAUCUACUGGCAGUGAAGAUACUGGCAACACUAAAGAGUUUUACAUCAUGCCUAAACUACAGAGGCUGUUGUCUCUUUUAAGCGAAUGUGGGAAUUCACAAAACAGUGGUAAGAGUUUGAAAGGUAAUCGCAUUCUUGCAACAUACAUCUAAAACAUCCCUAAUAUAUUUGUCAUCUUAAAAUAUACGGUUCCGCCCUUUUGAAAGAAACAAAAUCUUGUUGAUAUCUGACACGUAACUCUUAUUUGAGGCAAAGGAAAUCCUGAAAAAUUACCUACCCUAACCCUUCACAAUCUCAGUUUCUUCCCUUAACCCCGCCCUCACCAUUAAAAGGCAAGCUCAUGUUGUACCCCAUCCACCAUUUGAGGCCUUCUUCAAAACAAGGUUGUAUGUGAUAUCAUUUGGUAGGAUUUGCUCAAGUGAUCUAUACACGUGGUAGAUUUUCUAAAUCACUCGUAUUUCGUAAAUUGUAGGUUGAGUCCAUCAUAUUAGGUUUCAAAAGUUUGUUGCAUAAGGUUGCUAUAAUUUUGGGAAAUGAUAGAAAUGCCAUUGAUGGUAUUUUGUGAAAUAUGGAAGGAGCUUAAUAGUCAUUGGCUCCUUAGCCCACAAUUUCUGUUUACGUUUCACCGCCAAGAAUAAAUCUCCAAUCUAUUUACCAUGGUUUGAAGAAGCAACUUGUGAUCGACUCUGAAUCUGCUUCCAAGUAAAAGGAACAGAGCUGUUCAACAACGCUGACGCUAAAUAAUUGGCGUAACAACAUUAAUAUCAAUAUUAAAUGAAUAUUAAUUAUGUUAUUAAUUUUUCUACAGAGGACGAGUUCUGUGGCAUAGUGUUUGUAGAAAAGCGAUACACAGCUCUGGUACUUAGUGAGCUGAUCAACGAUGCUGCAGACUUACAUCCUGAGCUCUCCUUCAUCAAAUGCAACUUUGUGGUUGGACAUGGCACCGUUGGAAAGGCUUAUCACUCCAAUGAAACAGAAAUGGAUUGCAAGAAGCAAAAGGAGGUUCUGAGGCAGUUUAGGCGACAUAAAUUCAACCUUCUGAUUGCCACUUGUGUAGUCGAGGAAGGAAUAGACAUUCCAAAGUGUAACGUCGUUUGUCGGUUUGAUUUCCCAAAGACCUUCCGCUCUUAUGCCCAGUCAAAGGGUCGUGCUCGAACAAAGGAUUCCAGCUAUUAUAUCUUUGUAGAUGAAGAGGAGUAUGAGAAAAAAACAGACGAAUUACAGGUAGAUAAUCAGUUUUCAAAGGCAACAUGAAUGUGACUAUUCUGAUGAUUCUGAGUGUUCUUACGAUGUAAAAAUACGUCGCGCAUACAACGGUUUUUUGUUUCCUUUAGCCUGCGUGGAAGGCUCAUAUAGGGAAAGGGAAAGGGGCAGUUAAGGUGUUCGAGAACAUCGUGUUCUCGUGCGCCUUAAUUCCCGUCCAUAAUUCCAAGCAAAAGAAGUGGUGACAAGUCAUCGUCUUCCUUCUUGAUUUCUGCUGCUUGAAACGUAAGGCUUACCGAUUCAGGGAUAUCGGUGGGUGGACUGGGUACGCUUUCGGGUACAAAAAAUAUUAACGUUUUCCAUAAAAUUUAAACGGAAAACUUUGAGGACGUUACCGUAAACGUCCGGCUUAAUAUAAAACUGUGUUUAUAGUCUCAAAAUGUUUUAGAAUAACAAAAAUAAAAAAGUAUAUCCCCUUUUCUGAGACUAAUAGUCAGCUUAAGGUAACAGAGUAUUGCUCUAAAUCUGUCAGGCAAUGACUGAAUUUGAAGAGUACCUAUCGAAGAUGUGUCAUGGCCGUGCUGAACCUACUAAGGAGGAGUGUGACGAAGUAGCGGACGCGGACACUUUCUUAUCUCCUUACAUCCUUGGUCAAGGAGCAAGAGUCACUAUGAACAGCAGUGUUUCCCUCCUAUCCAGGUAACAACAGCUUUCUCUGCUCAGUCUCAGGCGCAGAAACGUUCCAGCAUUCUCUUAUGUCAGCAGCACCAUUUCCGAAGCUUCUGCGAUUCCGGUAAACAUUCGAUAAACACGGUUAGGAAUAGAAGUGCUGGGGAAAAAAAUGAUUCUUCAAGCAGCCAACCUUUGUGUCAAUGCCUCCGCGUGCAUUUUUCUCGUUUCAUUACGUUGAACUACAUUGUUUCAAUCUUUGUGUCCAUCUCUGUUAUUCAGGUACUGCUCACAGCUGCCAGGUGACAGAUUCACAUGUCUCAACCCAGUUUAUAAGAUCGAAGACAAUGGAAAAAAUUUUUACAGGUGUAGAUUGGAACUACCACUUAACUGCCAACUGCGUGAAACUAUAUAUGUAAGUGUAAAUUAAACCAUUACUCUGACUCUAAUUUAAGUUUAUUGAGUGUAUAUAAUCAAAGCUACCUAGAGAGAUGUCAUCGGACUAGUCCCAAAACAGUCCUUUUUUGUGGUACACCUGUUUCACACUACUAAUUACUUGGGCAGAGCGCCAAGUAAAGGACUCGCGACGCUCAAGAAUUUCCUAAAGUUGCUUUUCUUGGGCAAGCAAAUUCAGAGAGUUUUCGGUUUGAGUUAGUUAUUUGACGAAGUGAGAGCGGAAUUUGUUCAAGAUAUCUCGAGAUCACUUCGAAUUCUUAAUUUAUUUGAGAAAGAAAUAAUUAACCACUUAGUGUGAGGAAAUAAUUAUCAUUUUUGGCUCGCCCUGGGUUUAAACCGACUCACCUGCGACGCGUCAGAUCUAAGUUGAGGGAUUAGCCGAUUGCGCGACCCGACCCAAGGUCGUUUGUAAUGUGAAAAAUAGCUAUAAAAUCAUGCACUAAUUACUUGGGCGGAAUGCCAAGUAAAGGAUUCGCGACGCUCAGAAAUGUCUCAAAGUUGCUUACCAAGUGAGGUCAGAAUUACUUCGAGAUGCCUCGAGAUCAGCUCGAGUUCUUUCGGCCCUAAUAGAUAUUUUAAUAUAUUCGAGGAAUAAAUGACUUUUUUAUCUUGGCUUUUUUAUACCCGGUGUUUGAACCGACUCACCCGCGAUCUGUCAGAUCAGAUCUGAGUUGACGGAUUACCCGAUUGCGCCACCGUGACCUGAUGUAGUUUGUCCACUGGUGAGUUUCUUGCGGGAAAUGGAAGAAAAGGGACAAAAAUAAUCGCUUGGCUCAAUUGAAUAUGAUUGAAACGGUAAAAUGUUUUAAAACGGAGAAAGUGGUGAAAAUUACUUUGUUUGCCGCUAUCUUGACUUCUGGUUUUGCUGAUUUAAACGAUGGCCACAACGGCUACAGGCGUUGGUUCGCUUGCUUCAAAGAUCGAUCAUUUGUGGUCUUCUGAAAUUAUCAAGGAAAGGCUUUGAAGUUUUUGUUGUUGUUUGCAUCGUAUACAUCCAGCGUGGAUCGAAUUUACCGUCGCUUCGUUCGAAGGCCAAAAAUGAAGUGGGCAACCAUCCAAGUCAUAACGCAAUUGCAACCGCUGACCUCCACGCAGCCAAAACUUAGGAUGUUGCAGUUUCGUUUUCCCAUGUAGUUCGACGUGAUACGUUUGGAUAUCUUGGGCAAUCUUUUGAGUUUUCUAUCUUUUUUCCUCAGUUUACUAGGCACAGCUUUCAUUGAAUUUGAAAAUUCGAGCUAUUUACAUACUAAGCAACGUCCACUAUGGCUACAGGUCUCAGUCACACGUGCCUGACACAAAAAAUCCUCACUUAUGCGUGAUACCACGACGCCCAAGUGUACGCUCCGAUAGCGUCUCGUUUUUUCAUUGCAUAUGAAAACAGACGUUAACGUUGACGAGAUUGAUUUCAAAUGCAACAUUUUUGGUGCAAUUAUGCCGCAAGUUUUUUUAAUCAUCGCUACAAAAGAGAUCGCGGUAACCUAAAUAAAGCUGGACAAUUUAUUUUCUAACAGAGCGUUCCGAUGCCACGAAAAAACCUGGCUAAAAUGGCAGCCGCUCUCGAAGCCUGCAAAAAACUUCACGAGAUUGGUGAGCUUGAUGAUAAUCUGUUACCAGUACGCAGUUUACCAGACGAGGAAAGUGAAUUGGAAGACGAAGACGAAGGGGUUAGUGGAAAGAAGAGAAAGAAAGGAGGACCAAAGAAACAAAAGCGAGUUUAUGAAAGAAAGGUAAAGGCAAAGAUCCAGUUUUUAACAUGAACUGACAAAGACCAGCACCAUGGCCGGGCUGGUCAGUCAUGUGGUCCAAAAACACUUUGUUGGAUAGCAAGAAUUGCACUCUCAAGUCACUCGAACAAAACAAACAAACAAUACUACCGUUGUGUCGAAUGUUGAAGUACGUUCUUUACUCGUCUUGUCUUAUGUGCAUUUCUAGUUUUCCGGCGAGGCGUUUUUGUGCAAUCUGACUGACUAGCUGCGAAGGACCUAUUAGUUGUGAUGCAAUCAAUCUAGCCCCAGGCGCAUGACAAAUAUGGCGAAUGAGAUAAGCGAUGCGUGUUUAACACAGUCUCCUCCCUAGCGAUCACUGCUCUUGUUCCAGUUACAAUGGUCAAGAGUAAGGAUUGAGUAGAGAAGAAGAAUAAGAAGAUUAACUUUAAGAUUGGUACCAAGAUGUAAAUCAGAUACCUGGUACCUCAUCGUGUAGCGACCGAGUUGCUCGAACACACCCCUACACUUACAUACAAUGUCAUUCUCAUAAGUACAUGUGGAGUGCCACGACAUGACUUAGGUCUUUGAUAUGUGUACCAUACAACUCUUUUAUUCAUUUUCACUUAACUAGGUCCCUCAGGUAUUCAGAGGUAGCUUGCCACAGGAGAAUCAGUCCCAGUACCUCACGGCUAUCACUAUGACUAUCACCAAACUCACCAGCCGACAGGGUCUUGAUGUGAGCCAGCGAUACUUUAAAGAUGGUGUCUGUAACCUCUUUGGUUUAUUGACGAAUGUUCCAAUUCCAGAGGUGAGUUAUAGUUCAUGAUCAGUCACUCUGUAGCUCCGGAAUAUAAUUUUUCCUCGAGAUAUUAAUUAUUUGAUUUUCGUUUGGUAAGACGUUCAUUCUUCAGGGUGUGAUGAGGUUUGUUAAGAGUUUUGCGCAUACUAUUCAUCCUCGAGAGUGUCAGAAAAGUCUGAAAAAAUUUCAUUUUUGAAAAUAUAGGUUAAUAAAUAGCAUUGCGGGGAAAAUGUUUCAUUUGAAUGGUCACAGUCUAGGUUUCCUCCUACAGAAGUAGGAAUAACAACUCAACUUAAUUCAACACCUUCACAGUUUAAACCUGUGAAUAAAAUAGAGAACCGAAGUUAUUACCCUGUGCUUCUUCAGACAAAAUACUGACCCUGAAUCUGAUAGGUGAAAAAAACUCGAUUUUGGUUGAGCAUUGAUUGAUUAAUUGAUCGAUGAGCCCUUUGCAGCUGGUCAUUCACGUGGUACAAAAAACGCCUUGCUGGAGGGCAAGAAAUCCACUGGGAAAAGACAAGCAAAGAGCUUCCAUAAGUAGGUAAAAUAUGAUCGUCCGGAUGAGUGUAAUCCUGAAAUGGAAUGUUGUUAAAAGUAGUUGGCAGGUGCAAGUCAUCAUAAAACUCAACGUGAGUCGUUUACUGUCCGUUGAUGGUAUUAAAAUCUGGUCAUUGGCCUUGAUAGCCUUAAUUUCAAGUAGUAAAUCUCUUUGUCUGCUUUGUGCCAGUCGUUUAUUGCUCUCCAGGAAGAAACUGCGUGACUGACCCGCUCAUUAACGAUUGAUUAAAUCUACAGCUAAGAUCAUUCAACCUUUAUCCCGACUACGGGGAGGUCAGAAUAACAUUGAAAUGUCACAAGUCACCACUGAACGCAAGGAUUACAAGACAAGACUUGAAAACUGUUCAAAAAUUCCACUGUUUCUUGUUCAGCCAAGUUCUUUGCGAGCCCGUGAAACUCCGACCCAAAGGGUCCGACGGCAGUACAGAUGGUUACUUUGUAGUUCUGACAAAAAGUGAUGGAUUUGACCUGGAGUGGUCAACCGGUGAAUCCAGCAAGAUUGACGUUGAUAUGGUGGUCUCAAAAAAUUACAUGGAGCCUCGACAAAAAUUUGCGGUUUUAAGAGUGCGCCAUGAUUCGAGUCCUGCGUCUCCCUUCCCAGACAAAUCCAAAGCCAAGACAUAUGAAGGCUACUUCCGGAAGCAUUACGGAAAGUCUUUUACAACCAUGGAACAGCCUCUCAUUGAAGUGAAAGGCAUUUCCGGAAGGGUGAAUUUCCUGGUAGACAGAAAGGUGGCAGCCAAGAGUAAGAGCGAUGUUAUUGCUCUUUUCCCCGAACUAUGCAACGUACUGCCUAUUUCUGCUUCCCUUCUCAGUGUGUCUCUGAUGCUGCCCUCAAUUUUACACCGUGUGAACGCGCUUCUGCUUGUUGAUGAUGUCAAGGCGAUGGUCGCUGGAGCGCGUGACAACACAGAUGAAUCUAGCCUCCCUUCAAUUGGUGCUGGUGAUACUAGCGAUGAAAAGAGUUUACUCUGUACUAAUAAGGACAGCUUCUCAUCGAAGAUGGACGUGGGUCAUGAGGAUUAUAGCCAUGACAGUGAUGACGACGUUGAUGACUUUCCAGAGCUGUUUUCAGACUUAAAAAAACUGUUCAGUGGAAAGCGAACAGCUGCUGUUCAUCCCGACUCCGCGUUUGUGCUUCAAGCUUUGACCACCACCCACAGUAAAGACGCCUUUAAUCUAGAAAGGCUCGAGAUGCUCGGAGACACUUUCUUAAAACUGGCGGUUUCACUUCACCUCUAUUGCACUUACCGCGAAAAAGAUGAAGGUAAACUAACGCAGCGCAAGAUAAGACAGAUCAGCAAUUUGGCGCUGUUUCGUGCAGCUAAAAAGACAUCUUUAUUAGGGUUCCAACAGAGCACGGAACUUGCACGCGAUGUAUGGUGUCCCACCGGAUGUCAGAAAAGUAGCGCCGAAUCAGGUGUUACAGCAAUGGAAGUCGAUGAGGUGAGGUCCAGUUCAGAACCUCCGGAAAAAGAAGUAGAUGAUGCCGGCAACGCGGAAGAUCAGGGCUUAGGAAGCAGGCGAGACAAGGCUAAGACUCAGGAGAUAGCAGACAAGUCUGUUGCUGAUAGCAUGGAAGCUCUCAUUGGAGCGUAUUUGAUCUGCUGUGGUUACACCGGAGCACUACGCUUUAUGAAGUUCCUGGGUCUAAAGGUCCUCCCUGGCGAUGAUAAAGCGGACAUUUGUGAGCUCGCUAAAAAUAGAAGAAAAGGGUGUUAUGCAGAGUUUUGGCCUCAGAAAGAAAACAACUCAGGAGCUAACCAAAGCCAAGAUAUCAGAGAUAUGCCGUCACGGAUGGUCUCUGGGUUGGGGAAUUUUGAGAACUCUAUUAAGUACAAUUUUAAUUCCAAAUCGUAUCUGGUGGAAGCUUUGACACACGCCUCGUAUCAGGGAAACCGAAUCACGCCCUGUUAUCAAAGACUGGAGUUUCUUGGAGACGCCUUGUUGGAUUUCCUGGUAACACAACAUAUAUACUUCCGUCAAGAAAACUUGUCCCCUGGUGACCUGACGGAUAUUCGCCAGGCUUUGGUGAAUAAUAACAUCUUUGCAGCCAUUGCUGUGAAAUACGAGUAUAACAAGUAUUUGAAGCAGAUGUCUCCAGAAUUGUUUAAAUCCAUCGAAAAUUUUAUCACUACACUGGAAGACGAAAAAGAAGAGAAUAUUAAUCUGGUAAGUAGAGCUUAUUACGCAAUGGUUAAUACUCAUCUCCAUACUCCAAAAUGAAGUUGACACAUCAAGAUUCAUACAAAAAGUAAUCCGCUCCAAUGAGGGAACCGCAUUGACUAUCAAUACUGAUUAGGGUUAAGCAUUGACUCGAAAAACUGUUAGCUUCUAUUUCAUUCUUCAAAUCAAACCAAUGGUCCUCAGCAAAUCCUCAGUGGGGUAGUGGUAUAGGUGAUGAACUGCAGACACUACGCUCCGGGUUUGAUUCUUUCUUUCGCUCUUCUAAAUUUUUUUAUCCUUAUAAAUUGAAGAGACGUAGACUUUCAGGAACAUUUUAUCAAGGAGAAAUUUCACGAGAAAUUUCAUGUAGGAAAACGGAAAUGCGGGUUUGGAGUAUGGAGAUGAGUGCUCACCGCGCGCAACUGAUCCCCUCCCCCGCCCGAAAAAAAAGUGUUUUCGGCUAAACGAAAUCAUGUAAUUGUGUUAGUGACUUGUGCAAAAACAUUUCUUCAUUGAUAAAAUCCCCGCGUUAGCACGGUUGUUUAAAGUAAGGUCUCUUAUUUUCCCAUUACCGAGCGUUUCUGGGGAUGACUAUAGAGGCGAGAAGUGACGACGUCACAAAAGCUAAAUUUGUGAAAUUAUGGGAGUGGUUGGCAUAUCUUGAAAGAAAAGGAUAAAAAAUGCCAACGUGCUAAAAAUGAGUUUGUUGGUGCACAUUGGUGGGGAGCUGAUUUUAUAAAUCCCUCUAAACUAGGGUUGGAUCGUACGCGUUAUGAUCCAAGCCAAUCAGCUUUUUGAAAUUCGCUAUUCCAGAAACUUUAAAGAACCCUGGGUAACAGCUCGUGGCGCUACGAUUUAUGUGAUCGUUUAGGUAAUCAAUGUUAAAUGUGACAGGUACGAUGGUUUCCUUAGGUAACUCCUACCAAUCACAGCUUAUGUUAGCUCUCCAAAUAAUCCCAUUCAUCUUAGCUGGAAAAACAGGUCCCCGGCCCAAUUUUUUGGUCGGUGCGGUAAUGUUUCUUACAGAUACUACUGGCCCUUUUUUAUUAUUGUGGAGUGUCACUUUAAGUUACGGUAAAACGGGUAACAAAAAUGUGCAACUUGUUUUGCAACGUUGCUGCAAACUCGUCGAAAAGCGAUGUUGCUGGUUUUACCACCCACGUUAAAACCUGUCUGGCAACAAAUCAGAUUCUCAGAUUCAGGUUGUUGCAAUGUGCGUGAAAACCGACCUCUGACUGGAUGAAAGAAAGCGGGAGUGACGUCUCUGCUACAAAACAAGUUUGUCUUGAUCCAGUAAAACGCGCAACGUAUCUCUACAGUGAAACCUGUAUUAGGCGGACACCUACGGUACCUUCGCUGGUGUCCGUUUAAAAGAGGUGUCCGCUAAAUACAGGUUCGUUUUACUCAAGAUAUUUGAAGAAAUGAGCUUUUCGUCUGCUGAGUACAGGGUGUCCACUUAAUACAGGUUUCACUUUAUCUGUUCCAAGACAAGUUUGAUUCAAUGGUGGUUGACAAUUAGCCUGCUUAGCAUGGCGGUUUUGUCGAGCGCACUAGUGCAGUUUCACUACCCCGUCCUUGGCUUGUUUGCGCGCCCGACCAAAACCGCCAAGCUACGCAGGCUAGUUGACACUAGGUAUAGAGAAAAUGAGCUUGCUAAAGGUGACAAACGCUGGUAAUAGUUGAACGAGACUGUAAUAUCUAAAUGAAGAUAUUGCCGACGCAGUUGUAAUCGCAAUUUCAGUUAUUGCAAAUUAAGCCUGAAAAGAAUUCAGGACUUCAUUUGGAUUCUUAUUUAAACAUCUUUAUCCCGAAUUCCCUUGUUUUAUAUUAUUGUGGUUCCUGAUGAAUCUUCAGGGUUAAUUUAGCAAAGGUUACGGGAAAAAGAUGGACGAAACGAUCUUUUUUUUACAAUUAAUAGGGAAUUGCAGACCCAUUUAUCAUCGUAUCAGACGAAGAAGGGAUUGAAGCUCCCAAGGUCCUGGGUGACAUUUUUGAGUCCGUGGCUGGUGCAGUGUUCUUAGACAGCGGUAUGGAUUUCACCAAGGUCUGGGGAGUGUACUACCGCAUGAUGCAACCUUACAUAGGUAUGACAUCAUUUUUCAAAGAUAGAUAACGUCCCCUACUGGUGACGGGGCCGCCACUUCUUCGUGCAUGGUCACCCGAGCUAUAAAGGACUAGUCCCCUACAAAGCAAAGGCGCUACCUUUUUCAUCAGUCUUAUUAAGGCCUUGUAAUCGUGUCUGGAAUUGAGGAUCGAACGCGCAACCUCCCCCGGGAAGUACUUUUCCCAAAAAAUUGGGGUGGGGGCGUAAAAUUUGUGGAUUGGCCCCACUCAGGGUGCUAAACUCUAAAAUGACGCGAUUAGAAUGGACGCAGCACCUAGCCACAACAUGAAGGGUACCAUUUGUUCGACAAAAGAAUAGUCCUUGACGCUACCGAAAACUGAUUGUCAAUGCGUGCGCAAGUACGUAGAAAAUUCAAGGUUCAAACUACGAAUUUAAGUCGCGCCCACAAAUUUUCUGAAAAGCGUCUCGUUAUUUUUAUAAUGGUAUCCCCCUGGAAACGUCCCGCUCUGGAGACGAGUGUUUACAGUCAGCGGUUUGAAAACUCGGUUUUAAAGUUUCCGUCUCGUGAAAAAUAAAAACUGUCACUGUUUACUUGACAAUUUUGAUGCUUUUGCCUGUUACCAUUGUCAAACUCAUUCAACAGGUUGCAACAUGAACUAUUACUAUUCGCACUAUAGUAAAGAAAUACGUGUUUUGUUCUUUGUCAGACCACUACUCUGUAAACAGACCGAUCAAUCCCAUCAGGCGCGUGUACGAAUUGGACAACGAACGGGAAUUUAGGUACGUGAGGUAUUGAAAAUAUUCAUAUUCCUGUGUAGGACACACGAGGAACUCAUAUUUUUCUCUCAAUAGGGUUUUACACUUUUUCUCGCUUUGCACGAGUUCUUCAAAAGAUAAUAAUAAAAUUAGGUUCUUAGCUGUACAGGCAUUUACUUCCCGAAUUAUUUAGUUUAAAUCCGAAGAUGAACUCAUUCAAAAUAUCAAAAAAUCAUCCAAGGUGACGACAACAAUCUUGCAAGGACUGUCCUUAUCACACGGAAGGUCGCAGAAGACAAACUACAAACUUUGUAGUUUGCCACAAAAACAAUCUUUAAAGGGGUGCUGUUUCCUUAAUCAUUUCUCAACUGACUUGAGAAAGAAACUUGGAGUAUGUAACACUAAAAACAAAGCGAUGGAGAAACACCCACACUAAGCCGACAUUGACUCAAGACUACAGGUUUAUCACAAACAAACUUUUCAACGACUAUGGUCCCCAGACGAUCUAAUUUAUAAGAUUUCUGUUCAUAUCUUAAGCAAACCGGAAGUUCUUGCCGAUGGAAGGGUCAAGUGUACUUUACAAGUUUUCUGGGGCAAGUUCGAUGGUUAUGGCAAAAAUUCCAAAAUUGCCAAGGCUACCGCUGCAAAGCUGGCAGUGCAGGCGCUGGACAGGAGAGAUUCACCAGGAACAAGCCAAGGAAGUGGCUAA